AAGUUUCAAUGUUACUUUAGUAAGUGGCACGGAAUUACAUCACGUAAGAGUGAUGCUUAUUUUUGUGAAAGUUUGUUAAAUAGAUCUUCGAAUGUGAAACACUCUGGAAUCAACGUGUAUAAGAACUUUGCACCACAGUGACAUUUGUGGAGGGUGUUGUGGCUGCAGGCUGAAGUAGUUAUGUACUUGCAAAGUUUUACGAAGCGGUAGUUGUCUCGAUUCCCAAGCUUUUCAUUUCCUGCUCACAGAAUUCAACGCAGGAAGCACAAUGAGCUUCUUUGGAUUUGGGCAGAGUGCUGAGAUUGACAUUGUUUUAGAUGGCACAGAGAACCGUAAAAUGGCAGACAUCAAGUCGGAGGAUGGGAAAAAAGAGAGACAUUAUCUUUUUUACGAUGGAGAGACUGUAUCUGGGAAGGUGAAUGUAACCCUGAAAAAGUAUGGCUCAAAGCUGGAACACCAAGGAAUAAAAAUAGAAUUCAUUGGUCAGAUUGAACUCUAUUAUGACAGAGGCAAUCAUCAUGAAUUCACAUCUCUAGUCAAAGAACUAGCUCGUCCUGGUGAACUUAUGCAAAAUAUGUCCUAUGCUUUUGAGUUCCUUAACGUUGAAAAGCCUUUUGAGUCAUACACUGGUUCAAAUGUACGACUUCGGUAUUUUUUGAGAGUUACUAUUGUGAGAAGGCUUUCAGACAUAAUUAAGGAAAUGGAUAUUGUUGUUCACACCUUAUCUUGCUACCCAGAAAUGAACAACAGCAUAAAAAUGGAAGUUGGCAUAGAAGACUGCUUACAUAUAGAAUUUGAGUACAAUAAAUCAAAGUAUCAUUUAAAAGACGUUAUAGUUGGAAAGAUAUACUUUUUGCUUGUGCGCAUAAAAAUCAAACACAUGGAAAUUGCAAUAAUCAAAAGGGAAACCACAGGAUCUGGACCAAACACAUUCACAGAAAAUGAAACUAUAGCAAAAUAUGAAAUAAUGGAUGGAGCUCCAGUCAGAGGAGAGAGCAUUCCAAUAAGAGUAUUUCUUGCCGGCUAUGAUCUUACUCCUACAAUGAGAGAUAUUAACAAAAAAUUUUCAGUGCGGUAUUAUUUGAAUCUCGUGCUUAUGGAUGAAGAAGAUCGCCGUUAUUUCAAGCAACAGGAAAUAACGUUAUGGCGAAAGGGUGAAAAAACUCGAAAAAAUCUUCAAACAUCCUCAAGGACAUCACCCCAACUGCCUCAUGCAAUUCCAGGAACUCAGGAACACACCUCCAACCAACCAAUUGAAGAUAUGAAACGAGAAGACGAAGACAAGGGUACAGUGUCAGGUGCUGAGAAUGAUUUGAGAAGGAAAGCGGCUGUUGAUGGUGACAAGGCUGAUGACUGACUGCACAAAAGCCAGAUUGUGUAAAGUACUAUGCAGAUAUGUUCACAUGCUCCCAUUCCUGAUGCACAUGGUCAUGUGAAAUAUGUAAUUGUGCUUAAGAACUUCGAGUAUUUACUACUGGGAGUGCUGUUCUCAUUACUCAGUGACUCUGUACAUAGCACACAUUUGUUGUAACUAUAUUCAGUGUGCAGUAUGUAUCAAUUUUGUCCUACAAAUACUGUUUCUCUUGUAUGAUGUAUUGCAUAUAUGUGCCAUUAUCUUCAGGAGAUGUGAAAUCUGUCUGUAUAGUCUUUUACAAAGCAGCUUUUAGUAAAAGAAUGUUGUUCUAUAAAUAUUUUGUUAUGUGAAAAGACAGCAAUCAAAUCAGUGCUGCUGUUGAAAUGUUAUAACUCAAAGUGGGAUUUAUACAUUCUGGAUAACAUUAUGAUUCAAUAUAUACGUAUUGAAUGACAUCAUGAUUCAAAAAGGAAAAAUUGAGCCUUUUAUGAAAGUAGUUUUUUUGAAGUGUUAUUUUAUACCAGUGUCUGGCACUACUUUCUUUUUGCAGUGUUGUUGAUGUGAUGAUGAUGUCCUUUAUGUGUGUUUAUGUAUUUUGGUAGUUUUUCUCUGUUUUAUUUGAAAGAGUUCUGUAUGUUUUAUUGAAAAUGUAUUGUUUUCAAUAUUUUGUUACUUUGUCUGUACUUUAUGCUUUCUCUCUCUUUCAUUCUAAAUAUGUUAUUUAUGCCCUGUAAUUGGUUGAGAACAUAAAUAAGAUGAAAUUGUAAAGUAAAUAAUGUUUUAGCUUGUCAUCAUUGCAGUUAAUACUCGUGGAAGAGUCAAGAAUAAUUAUAUUGUGUCUGUUGAUUUGCGGAGAAUGUUAGAACUUCAAGAUGUAAGUGGUGAAAGCAACAAUAUUUUAACAUGUUGCAGAAUGUUAAACUAUGUAGAGAGUUACUCAGAGAGAGCCUCAGAGUUAUAUUUUCAGUUUCCACUGUCUCGUUAACUGUGAAUGUGCAUGUUUGAGAAAUGAUAUGUAACAUAUAUAUUGAGGAAGUAACUAAGCUGUACAGUAAUAUAUGUUGCUUAUUAAAGCAAUUUUCAUAGCAGACUAAGUAAUUUCAAUGUUAUAUUGCAUUGUGAUUAAUAUCUUUCUUGUAUUCAGAGAAGUGUGUGUGUGUGUGUGUGUGUGUGUGUGUGUGUGUGUGUGUGUGUGUGUGUGUGUGUGUGUGUGUGUGUGUGUGUGGUAAAAUGAAAUGCUGUUAUAGUCAUACCAAGGUACACCACAUGUAUCUGAGUGGGAAUCUAUUUGGAAGUUAAAUAGAUCUGUUUGUAUUUUUAA